ACUAAUCAUAAAUAAAUGACACAGAGCGUUGAACGUGUAUUUCGGAAAGUUGUAUUAAUAAUAAUGUUAAAAAUAUAUAUCACCGAGAAUAUUUUUAUUUUGUGUGAUCACUAUUCCAUACUAGUGCGCUAAUUUAAAUAAACAUCGAUCUGGACUUUAAAAAGUGACAGGCGGCGACUCCCUUCAACCCCGUGUUACACUGAGCGAUGCUACGCUUCCUCUUCCGACGGAGAUUCUUCAAGCGUCUGGUGGCGUCCUUGGCGCUACUCUACAUUACCGCCGUUUGCAUGUCAUCUCUGUUUGUAUUCUCGCUCACGGAAAACCCCGACGGCUACCGGAACUCUAUUCCGGAUAUACGUGGUCGCACCUCAUUGCGCUCAGUUGACAAAUGUGCCCAUCCGAAACUUGGAACCGAUAGGAUUUACACAUAUGACCUACCAACCAUUACAAACUAUGGGUUGGUAAACAAUAAUGGCAAUCCGCGUUUCAAGGAAUACAAAAUUCCAGUAAUAGAUAUUUCAGAGGCAUACAAAUCUAAUCUAGACGAACUGUCUGUUUAUGUGAUUCCAUUUUCUCACGUGGAUCCCGGCUACGGCAUGACCAUGGAGCAGUAUUUUGCAUCUAAAUCGCGGCACACAUUAGAUAACAUGGUACGUAAGCUAGAAGAGUAUCCUGAUCUCACGUUCCAGUGGGCAGAAACGGUGUUCCUCGAGCGAUGGUGGCGGCAGGCCGACAACGGAACCCGCGCCAAGAUGAAGCGGCUAGCGGAAGAAGGGCGGUUCGAGGUGGUACUUGGCGGCUGGGUUAUGCCAGACGAGGCUGUCACGCACUUUGAGGCUGUGGUCGACCAGCUGAUCGAGGGGCAUACCUGGCUCAAAAAGCACCUGCACGUGUCGCCUCGGAACGCCUGGAUUAAUGACCCGUUCGGUUACUCGAGCACCAUGCCGUAUCUGUGGCGUCAGGCAGGCAUGCGUAAUAUGGUCAUACUGAGAAUUCACCAAGCCAUAAAGGCCACACUGAUGCGGAAGCGCGCACUUGAGUUUAACUGGAAACCUAUGUGGGAAAUGGGUGGUGACACUUAUGGUGACAUGCUUUGCCAUUUGAUGUCCUACCGCGGGUACUGGAUCGGAGACGUCUGUGGGCCUAACAACCAACAUAUAUGUAGAGAGUAUGCGUUCAUGCACGAAAACCCGCGGGACAAGGUUGUCUUUUUGUCCAAUGAAAACAUUGCCGAAAGAGCCCGCAUCUUGUACGAACAGUACAGAAUUACGGCCGAACUUUACCGGAAACAUACCUCAACGGAACAUCCGCAAGGGGAACAGCUGUUUUUGCCUAUGUUUCUCGGAGAAGACUUUUCGUAUGUUACAGCGAAAGAUUACGACUUAAUAUAUAAGAAUUAUAAAAUGUUAUUUGACUAUAUGAAUAAAAAGAGUGAAUGGAAGAUAAAUAUCAAGUUUGGCACCAUCAAUGAUUAUUUUACUGACAUUAAGAAGUACCAAGCCAGUGUUGGCUACAGUUUUCCUAAUUUGUCAGGUGAUUUUUUUCCGUACUCGGACUAUCAAAACGAUUACUGGACUGGCUACUACUCCACACGACCAUUUUUAAAGCAGCUAUCCAGGGAAUUACAGAGUACUCUUAAGUUAGCAGACAUGUUGCACACUUACGCCAAGGCAAGGGUUAAAACAAACGAUGAAUACACGAACCUGAAAGAAAUUGACGAGCUUCUUCAAACUUCCCGCCGCCACCUUGGCGUGUUCCAGCACCACGACGGUAUCACGGGAACAUCUCUGCAGUUCGUCAUGGACAACUUCCAGAAAGAGCUCAGCGAGGCGUUGCAGAAAUGUAAAACGGCGAUGAAAAUGAUUACCUCUCAGUUAUUAUCAAGAGGGAGUAUGCCAGUUGCAAGUGUACGCGAUGUGCUGGCCAGAGAAGGAUCUAAAACCGCGACAACAUACACUGUGAUGACGGUGCCACCGGGUGGUGCGUUUCUCACCGUCGCCAACUCAUUGCCUCGCAUGCGGACGGAGGUGGUAACGUUCCACUGUAGCGAAGACAAAGUGAAGGUAUCCGAAGGAGGACGGACCCUGCCGCUGCAGGUACGCGAGGUGGGCAGCUCCAGGUACGAGGUCUCUUUUGUGGCACAACUUCCGCCGGCCAGCGUGCAAUAUUAUAACGUGACAUUGAUGAUGGAGGUUGGGGCAAAUGUUGCACAGAAAUCCAGUCCAAGUGAACAUGGUGGUGAAAUUUUGAUAGAAAACGACUUCUUGAAAGUGCAGUUUAACAAUGAAUCAGGAUUUAUAAGUCAAAUUAUUGGGAAACAUUUAAAUAAUUUGAAGUUAAACAUUCAAAGUGAUGUAUUAGCGUACACCGCUAAAAGAAGUGGCGCUUAUAUAUUUGCUCCCGAUGGCGAGGCCAAACAAUUUCUUAGAGGUAAACCAAAAGUUACACUUACAACAGGGAACUUAUAUUCUGAAGUCGAAGUGGUUUACUCUUCGGUAUUUAUCAUUACAACAAGACUGUAUCAUUUGCCAGGAAGCAAGGCGAUGGGCGUGUUUAUUGACACAAAAUUAGAUGUAAAAAGUAACACUCAGUCAAUGAAUCAAGAAGUAAUUUUACGUCUGAAAACUGAUAUGAAAACCAAUAACACGAUGUUCACAGAUCAGAACGGGUUUCAGCUGAUGGGGCGGCGCACGUACACUGAUCGUGCCACGGAGGAGAACUUCUACCCAAUCACAACAAUGGCUAUUAUUCAGGACAGCUCGAGUCGGCUCACGCUUAACACCGCCCAGCCGCACGGCGCCGCGAGUCUGAAAGACGGGUGGCUCGAAGUGAUGCUGGACAGGUCCCUAUCACGGGACGACGGGAAGGGGCUUGGGCAGGGGGUUAGUGAUAACGUGGCCACCUCGGCACAAUUUGUCCUUCACCUGGAAAGCAUGACUGGCGAGGGCAUUCCUGAGACCAAGUACACAUAUCCCUCCAUGGAUAGCUUGCUUAUAAACGAACAGUUGAACGAACCAGUGUACAAGUUGUUUGUUCCUUCCGUUGGGGUGAAGUAUAUUGCAAACGUUCAGGGAAUAGAGGACUCCUUGCCAUGUGACACGUCCAUAACGGUGAUGCGACAGUCGAACGUUGGCACGAGCAUGGUGCUCCACCGCUGGGCCACACAUUGCCGCUUUCCGACUGUGUCCGAGUGUCGACGCUACCAAGGGGACGUUACUCUUCGCAAUCUAUUUAGGAGCGUUGCGAAGGUAUCUGCCGUCGAGACGUCCUUGACACAUUCGGAACACUUUGGACCAGUGUCCCGAACCGACAUCCUGGCGCCCACACCAAUGCAGCUUAGAACGUUCCUCAUUCUUCUUUCAUAACCUUAAAUUAUUUAAUUUUUAUACUGUGAUAUGAAGCAGUCCCAAUGCUAAAUAUUUAUUAGUUUUUGUAUAAUUCAUGUUAUAUUGAAUGUAUUUAUUCUGUUAUCUACGAUUUUAAGUUAAAACUUUUCACUGUAAUGGA